AUGCUCCUACUAGCUCCUGGCCUCCUGCACCUCCUGCUGGUGAUAGGCACAGGGGGUUCUGUGCCCACCCCCCAGGCACUGCCCCAGGGCUGCUACAGAGCCGAAGAAGCUGGCGAACAGACAUUCCGCUGCAGCCGAGCUGGCCUGAGUGCCAUACCCGACAGCAUCCCCAACAGCACCCGAAAGCUUUACCUGGAUGCCAACCAGCUGGCAUCCGUGCCAGCUGGUGCCUUCCAGCACUUGCCUUUCCUGGAAGAAUUAGACCUGUCUCAUAAUGUCCUUGUCCACCUCUCAGGAGCUGCUUUCCAGGGCCUGGAGGGCACUCUGCGCCACCUUGACCUCUCUGCCAACCAGCUAGCCUCCGUGCCUGUGGCAGCCUUCGUGGGGCUGCAGAUCCAAGUGAACCUGUCCGCCAACCCAUGGCGCUGCGACUGUGCCCUGCAGGAAGUGCUCAGGCAGGUGAUGUUAGCUCCAGGCUCGGGGACAGGCAUCGUGUGUGGUCCAGGAGCCCGACCAGAUCUCGUGGGACAGGAGUUCCUUCCGCUGACGAGGGAGGAAGGGCUGUGCGGCACAGGACGAGGUGGGACCCGAAGGAACACCGAUGUGGCCCUGCUAGUCACCAUGGGAGGCUGGCUGACACUGGUAGUGGCUUAUCUGAUCCACUACGUGUGGCAGAACCGCGAUGAGACCCGGCGUCCCCUCAAGCGGGCUCCUGUGCAGCCCGUGCGCUCCGAGGACUCCUCUACCCUCAGCACCGUGGUCUGACGACCAGGAGCACUCUGAGCUCUUGGUCCUACGCGCUAACCUUUCCCCUCCUACCACAUCCUCUGCCCCAUCUGCCCACUCUCCCUGCCUGCCUCCCUCAAUACCUUCUCUGGUGCACGUUUAUUCUCUCG